AUGCGUGCCUGGACGGUGUCUGGGAGGUGUGCGCUGAGACGCUUGGGAUCGCGUAGGAUUCCAUCAGCUGGCGUGGCAUGCCGUAGUUUGUAUGCAUCGCGCGCUAUGCACACGCAGAGCCCUGCUUUGCGCGAACUGUCGGGGGACCGCGAAACCAUUGUGCGUCUGCUCUACUCGAUCGCCUCGAAAAAUGAGGUCGAAAGGUAUCUUCGCAUCUUUAGCACGGCUAACAAGUUCGCUGUGAUCAAGGUGGGCGGUGCCAUUCUCACGAAUGAGCUGGAUGACCUUGCUUUGAGUCUGACGUUCUUGCACCGUGUGGGUCUAUAUCCUAUCGUGCUGCAUGGCGCUGGCCCGCAACUGAACGAAAUUCUGGAGCGUGAAGGGGUGGUGCCAGACUACUCGGACGGUAUCCGUAUCACCGAUGCUGCCACACUGCGUGUCGCCCGCCGUGUGUUUUUGGAAGAGAACCAGAAGCUCGUCGAGAAGCUGGAGUCUUUGGGCAGCCGCGCGCGCCCAAUUCCACUGGGUGUCUUUUCGGCAUCGUAUCUCGACCAGGAGCGCUACGGCCUUGUCGGAAAGAUUGAGCGUGUCGACAAGGAGCCCAUUGAAAGUGCGAUUCGUGCCGGGUGCCUGCCGAUUCUGACGAGUUUAGCCCUCUCAGAAGAUGGCCAGAUUCUCAACGUCAACGCGGAUGUAGCGGCUAGUGAGCUCGCGAAGGUGCUGGAACCGCUCAAGAUUGUGUAUUUGAAUGAGAAAGGGGGCCUAUUCCACGGCCGCACAGGCGAGCUCAUCGAGUCCAUCAACCUCGACGAGGAAUACGAUGCGCUGAUGAAGGAGGAGUGGGUCAAGUACGGCACGAAGCUCAAGCUGCGUGAAAUGAAGGAGCUGCUGGAUCACCUGCCGCGCUCGUCAUCGGUCGCGAUCAUUUCAGUGGACCAGCUCCAAAAGGAGCUGUUCACAGACAGUGGUGCUGGUACGCUGAUUCGCCGUGGCUACAAGCUCUUCCGUGCGUCGUCCAUUGAAGAUGCAGGCUCGGAGCGUCUCCGCUCGAUGCUGCGUGAGUAUGAUCAGGACGUGCGUGAAAAUCGUAAGAGUGUCUCACAGAUCUUCUCAGAGCUCUCACGCUCUCCGUACACUGUAUACGGCGACGAGGGCAUGAAUUGCAUUGCAUUCGUGUCACACCCGCCGAACGAGGUCCCUGUGCUCUUGCGCCUUGUGAUCACGCGCGACGCAGUGAUGAACAACAUCCUCGACAACGUCUGGGCCAUGAUCCGCAAAGACUACCGCCGUCUUGUAUGGACAGCGCGGGCCGAUGACGAGAAUCGUGCAUGGCACUUUGAGCAUGCAGACGGCAGCUUUACGCGCAAUCGCCGCAGUCUUUUCUACUAUGGCAUCCAGGAUGUCGGCGAAGUUGAGCAGACAAUGCGCGAGCUCGAGCGACUAGGUCGUAUUGAGCGCGCGUACCUGCCCCUCAACAUGCGCCGCACGACAGAUGCGCAGCAAAAGCGUGGAUUCACGUCGUGGGCACGUGUCUCUUCUGUGCGUCCGCAGCUUGCGUCGCGUGCGUAUGAAGCGCUGCAGCAGCGUACGUACGCGACCGCAGCCCCCAAGCGUGUCGCACUGGUCGGUGCGCGUGGAUUCACGGGCCGCUCGUUGGUGCAGCUGAUCAAUGAGCACCCGCAUCUCGAGCUGUCGCAUGUGAGUUCGCGAGAACUCGCUGGCCUGCCAUUGCAGGACUAUACAAAGGGCGAGGUAUUUUACGCGAAUAUGGGACCGGAAGACCUCAAAAAGCUCGAGAGUGGAAGGGCUGAUGUCCCGCCGCCGGAUGCGUAUGUGAUGGCUCUCCCGAACGGCGUGUGCCGUCCGUUUGUCGAUGCAGUGCGCGAAGGUGGCGAGGGCAAACCACAGGGCCACGGUGUCAUUGUAGAUCUAAGUGCGGACCAUCGCUUUGACGAGGCGUGGACGUACGGCCUUCCUGAACUCUAUUCGCGUGAGGCGAUCCGCAAUGCCAAGCUGAUCGCAAACCCAGGAUGCUACGCGACUAACAUGCAAAUGCUGUUAGCCCCGCUUCUUCCGCACACGGAUCUGUCGCGGCUGCCCACCGUCGUGGGUAUUUCUGGCUACAGCGGAGCAGGCACCAAGUCAGGUGGUCGGCCAGCUCCGGGCGAGCGCCCCGUAACGCUGCCAAAGCUGGAUCCCGCAUCACUUAAUGGCGCGGUUCGUCCCUAUUCGCUCACGGACCACAUCCAUGAGCGCGAGGCGCGGUAUCACUUGUCGACCCUCGUGUCGCAGGGCAGCCAAGUUCAAGUCGCCUUCACGCCGAUGGUUGCACCAUGGUUCCAGGGAAUCAUCUCGACUGCUAUUGUGCCGCUAGCUACUAAGCUUUCUGCCCGUGAUGUCAAGCAGCUUUAUGAAGACAAGUACGGUCACGAAAAACUGGUCGAGAUCCUGCCUCGGGUGCCAGAGAUCUCUGAUAUUGCUCUUAAGCACGGCUUCAAGGUCGGUGGCGUACAGGUGCACUCCAGUGGCGACCACGUCGUUGUUGUAGGUGUGAUUGACAACCUACUGAAAGGCGCCGCGACGCAGUGCUUGCAAAACAUCAACCUAGCACUCGGCUUCGACGAACACGCCGGCAUUCCAUGGCCGUAG